CUUGUCCGACUUAGGAGAACGCUUCCCGUACCCAACCAGGCAAAUGUGCAAUACCAAAAUGUCUUCUGAUACAGAUGGUGCCUUAAGCACUUCACAAAUGCCAGCUUCGGAACAAGAGGCUCUGGUUAGACCAAAGCCAUUACUCCUGAAGCUGUUGAAGUUUGCUGGUGCACAGAAAGACACAUUUACAAUGAAGGAGGUUUUAUUCUAUCUUGGCCAGUAUAUUAUGUCAAAACAAUUAUAUGACAAAAAGCAGCAGCAUAUUGUCUAUUGUUCAGAUGACCUUCUUGGAGAUCUGUUUGGGGUACCAAGCUUCUCUGUGAAAGAGCAUAGGAGAUUAUAUGCAAUGAUUUCUAGAAAUUUGAUAGCAGUCAAUCAGCAAGAACCUGCUUUUCCAAAUACAUCAAGAAAUGAAACCAGGUGUCAGCUUGAAAUAGCAAGUGGUCAAAAGGAGUCAGUGCAAGAAUUGCAGGAAGAGAAACCAUCACCAAAUUUGAAUUCUAGACCAACUACUUCAUCUAGAAGGAGAACACAUAGUGAAACAGAAGAAAAUUUGGAUGAGUUGCCUGGUGAAAGACACAGAAAACGGCAUAAGUCAGAUAGCAUUUCCCUUCCAUUUGACGAAAGCUGUGCUCUCUGUGUCAUAAGUGAGAUAUGCUGCGAACGAAGCAAUAGCAGUGACUCAACAGAAAUCCCUUCAAGUCCGGAUAUUGAUACUGGUGUAUUAAGUGAAAAUUCAGAUGAUUCAGUUUCAGACCAAUUCAGUGUUGAGUUUGAAGUUGAGUCUAUUGAUUCAGAUGAUUAUAGUCACAAUGAAGAAGGACAAGAACUCACAGAUGAAGAUGAUGAGAUAUACCAGGUAACUGUAUAUGAGGCAGAGGAGAGUGACACUGACUCAUUUGAUGAAGACCCUGAAAUAUCCUUAGCUGACUACUGGAAGUGUACUUCCUGUGAUAAAAUGAAUCCUCCACUUCCACCACAUUGCCACAGAUGCUGGGCCCUGCGAGAGAAUUGGCUUCCUGAGGAGAAAAGUGACUUGUCUGCUGAUAAAGGCAAGCUAGAAAACCCAGCACAAGGGGAGGAAGAGGGCUUUGAUGUUCCAGAUUGUAAGAAAAAUAAGAUGAAUGACUCUCAAGAUUCUUGUAUUGAGGAAAAUGAUGAAAAAAUAAUACAGCUAUCAGAAUCCCAGGAAAGUGAGGAUUAUUCCCAGCCAUCAACAUCUAAAAGUAUCAUCUAUAGUAGUCAGGAAGAUGCUAGAGAUUUUGAGAGAGAAGAAGCACAAGACAAAGAAAGAAGUAUGGAAUCUAUUCCCCCAAGCACUGUAGAGCCCUGUGUCAUCUGUCAGAGCCGACCCAAAAAUGGUUGCAUUGUCCAUGGAAGGACAGGACAUCUUAUGGCAUGUUUCACAUGCGCUAAGAAGCUAAAAAAGAGAAAUAAGCCUUGUCCAGUGUGUAGGCAGCCAAUUCAAAUGAUUGUAUUAACUUAUUUUCUUUAAAUAUGAUAUACAAAAAAUAGAACUAUAUAUCUUUAUAUGUGACUCUUUCUUUUAGAAGGAGAGUUCAGAGCUUCAGUUCACAAAUGACUUGGAAAUGUAUUUAAAAUUUUAUUUUUGUAUAUUUUUUCCCACAAGAAAAUUAAUAUUUUAAUCUGUUUUAGUUACCUCUAUGGUGAAAUUUGCUUAUUUGGGAAGAAUCUUUUUAUUCUCUUCCUUUGGGAAAAAACAUUCUAGUGACCAUUUUUUCCAUUUUUUUGUUUGUUUUUCAUUUAAAUUAUUUAUAGAGGCAGCUGGGUAUAGUGGAUAGAGUACUAACCUGAAAGGUCUAGAUUCAAAUACCACAUUAGACUCGUAAAACUUAUUUGAACCUAGACAAAUCAUUCAACUUUUCUGUGCCUUAAUUCCUAAGGCUUGUCUGCUAAAUCAGAUAAGUUGGGAAUAAGUCACUGACACUUAUAUUGUAGAUACAUCCCUUAGUGUUUGUAUCCAUGAGGAAUUACUUGUUAUUUUCAAGAUUAACUAUUUCUGUUUAUUAAAUAGUAUUUGCCGUCUCUAGCUGGGAAGUGUCAAAGAUUUUUUGAAAAAUAUGUAAAUAGUAAAUUUAAUAAAUAUUAUUUAAGUUAAAUACUAUUGGUGAAAGGUGGUGAUGAUUCUUGAAAAUUAUUGUUUUUGAGUUGCAAAUAAGUUACUCUUCAGGUUUCUGAUUCUUGUAAGCUUUAUCUAGAAGUUUAGUUCUAAGAAUUAUGGGAAAUGCUGCUAGGAAAAACUUAAUAGUUUUCAUUUGUUACUUGGAGAUCUUUUACUAUUGUGCAUACAAAUUAAAUUUCACAAAAGAUGGA